GAAGCUUUUUCAACAACAACAUGACUCAUUAGCUGCCUCGGUAUCUUGCUAGAAAACAUAAAACCAAAACAUCGGGGAUCUUGGAACCAUUUUGUGAAUAUUAACCUCAGUGUUUUAGACGCACUGUGUAUUUACUCCAUUUCUUAUAUAUGUUGUUAGUCAAGCUAGCUGGUUAAGAUAGCGUCUAGCCGAGUGCUAGGCUAUCGCUAAUUAACAAGCAAGCUAGGUAGCUAGCUAACAUCCACAACCAUGAGCUCAAUAAGCUACUCGCCUCCUACUAAAGAAGAGGUCCGCUGGACGGAGAAAGAAGCUCUGGGACUGAACAUUGUCGUGAAAGAGGAAGAGGAGGAUAUCACAGUGAAAGAGGAGGAGAUGACUGUCACAGUCAAAGAAGAAGAUAAAGAAGAUUUCGGAAUGAAAGAAGAAGAGGAGGAGAAAGCUAUCACAUUGAAAGAAGAAGAUGUUACAGUGAAAGGAGAGGAAGAAGGUUUUGGAGUAAAUGGGGUGAUGUAUGUUACAGUGAAAGAAGAGGAAGAAGGUUUUGGAGUAAAUGGUGUGAUGGAUGUUACAGUGAAAGAAGAGGAAGAAGGUUUUGGAGUAAAUGGGGUGAUGGAUGUUACAGUGAAAGAAGAGGAUGCCGUUUUUGGAGUGAAAGAGGAGGACAUGACUGUCACAGGGAAAGGAGAGGAAGAAGCUUUCAGGGUGAAAGAGGAUAUUUUAGUGAAGGAAGACGAGGACCUUUUUCAAGUGAAAGAGGAGGAGGAGGAAGAAGUUUUGAGAGUGAAAGAGGAGGGGAAUGAAGAGAAGAUGACUGUCACAGUGAAAGGGGAGGAGGAGGAUGAAGAGGAGGAGACUGGAGAUCAGAUUAACACCGAGCUUUCAACAGAAUCUCCAAGGGUGUCUGAGG